AUGGAGGCUGCAAAUGUGGCAAUUAAAACUGAAAAGAAGGAGGAAGAAGAACAGAAUGAGGAAAUAAAUCCAGCAAAUAUGUUUACCAGCGUAUGGAUCAAGACUGAAAAGGAUGAUGAGGAGAAUGUGCCAUUAGAUGAGGAGCAAUUGGGUACUGAGUGUGAAGAACAGCAGGGCUUACAAUUGAAUAAAUGUGAGGAUAAACCAAAGAAAAAAAAGCGACAAGGGGAAACAUUCUGUUGUGAUAUGUGCAAUUAUUCCACCUCUCAUAAAAACUGUCUUAAAAUCCACAUGCUCAGUCACAAUACAACAAAGCCUUUUGCUUGUGAAUUCUGUGAUUAUGCCACAAAGUAUCCCAUGGCACUCAAUCGACACAAAAGUAGUAAGCAUCAAGCGGAAAAUGAAGAUUCUAAUGGGAGUAAGAAAGAAAUCCCUAUUUAUAAAUGUGAUCAGUGUGAAUAUGUGUCACGGUUUAAAUCAAAUUUGAAUUCUCAUAAGCGUAAACACAAAAUUGAAAAACAAUUCAAGUGCACGGAAUGUUCGUAUGAAACGGCUUACAGACACAAUUUUAUGAAACAUAGUAGACAACACAGUAAAGUCACUUUCAAUUGUGAUAAAUGUGAUUUUGUAACACAAUAUGAGGGCCACAUCUACCGGCACCUGUCCAAUGUUCACAACGACGUGAUGGACUAUGGUUACACAUGCAAUUUUUGUGAUUUUUCCACUGCUGUGCGGUGGCGGUUGAAUAUUCACAAACAGAGAAGUAAGCAAGAAGGUUUAUUGAAAUGCGCAAAUUGUGAUUUUGAAACCAUGUACAAGUGUGAAAUGAAGCGACACAACAAGGAACACGUUGGCGAGACCAAUGGACGUAAAGUGCAUACGAAUUAUAAUUUUGAAAGCUACAGCUAUCCACCUACUCUACUCAAUGCGCCACUACUCGAUGAACCUGAGUAUUCACAAGAACCCAAAGAUGUCAAUUAUGCCAACGAUCACCAGAAGUCUAAUCAUUACACGUUCGACCCUAACUGCUUGGAAUGGAGCAAUAUACCUGUGAAAGAGUCCGAUGAUAUAGAUCGUCCUUUCCAGUGUCACAUGUGCAACUACACGUCAAAAUUCAAAGCUGCAGUCCAACGUCACUUUCAGAGACAUCACACGGAUAAACAAAAUCGACCCUUCAAAUGCUCCAACUGCAAUUUCUCUACAAAAACAAAAGAUCAAAUCACUCUACACAACAAGAGGAGUGAGUCUAACAAAACACUUUAUUGUUCCGUGUGCAGAUUCACCACUUUGUUCAAAUGCCAGUUUGUUAUGCAUCAAAAGACUCAUUAUCAGUACAAAUGUAAGAUCUGCAAUUACGCAUAUAAGAAUAAGUAUUAUCUUCAGAAACAUUCCUCCUCUCACCAUUUAGGUAAAACUAUGAAGUGCCAAUACUGUGACUACAAAUCUGCAAGAACAGACAGCUUGGCAUGUCAUGAAGCCACGCACACCGGCGACAAACCAAUCAAAUGCCAUCAUUGUGAUUAUAAAACUAUAAGAAAUUGUUUUCUCAUGAAGCAUAUUAGUCGACAUCACACUGAUGGUAAAAAUGAUGAAGUCUCUGAUAAAGAUGAUGAGGAUCAGUUAGAGUAG